UCAGAAUGACAACAAUGGUAAAAAUGACAAACACAAUGUACAGGACUUCAUUACAAGAAUCAUGAAAACUUGUCUCUGGACCGUCCUCAGUCUGCUUGUGCUACCAUGCUCCUGCGAAAUAUGCCGGUUUAAUUCUCUAGAAGUUGACUGUAGAUACAAGAUAGAUGGUGUGACUGUCUCGCACAUCACUGGCAGGAUUGAACCCUGUGAUGAUCCUGUUUCUGUCACUUUUGAAAUUACGAGUGAUCAGUAUCCCGUGGAUUUCACGUACACAUUUGAGUCAUCGUCUCGUGUGAUGGUGCCACGAUUCCCGUUGGAGGUUUUCCUGGAAGUAAAUCUAGAUGUCCUUGGUGAUAAAAAGCUCCAUGUGGAGGCUGACUUCCAGGUGUUUGGUCUCCCAGAUGCAGAUUUUAUCAAUGAAGAGGUUGAUCUCAGUGUGGUGCUAGAAAGAUGCUUGAAUGCAGCAGCCAGGAUUGCCAUUGGGUUUAUGUGCGGACUUCUAGCUAUUGUGGUUGCCAUGCUGAUUAUCCUUCUAGUGAUCAGACAUAAAAAGAAUAAGGCUGUGAGAUUACGACUUUCAUACUUAACACAGAAUGUAGAUGCUCCUGAGUAUCAGUAUAGAGAGAGUGACCAUGGGACUGCUUAUGAAAAUACUGUAACUAAUGAGGUAAUUCCCAGCAAUGUUAAUGAGGCUGAAGAAGAAAAUCGCAGUAGGACCCGAAUUGUUGGAGGGACAGAAUCUCGUAGAACUGCCACACAGAACAAUUUAGUUGAAAGGAACUUAAGCCUUCCUGAUUAUGCAACAUGCAUGGAGUCAGAGCAAAACCAUGGACAAUCUGAUCAAAGAACAUAUCUUGAAAUACAACCAGAGAGAAGUCCAAAUCAAGCACGGACAGAAAACAGAAAUAUUGUUCCAUCAGUACAACAUUAUACUCAAGAUACACCUGAUGGAGUACAUGUAUCAUGUGCUUCAACAAAUGAGUGUAAUGAUGCUAACAGUUUUGAGAGAAAUGGACAGCAUACAAAUUCACAAGUUGCUGACAUGGAGAACCCUGUGGAAAGAUAUAUACUGAGAAAUCAAAAUACACCAAUGUUUCACAUCAGAAGACCAAGUAAGACUUAUCCUAGUGAUAGAAUGAAUGGUCAAAGAAGUGGAAGAGAUAACGAGAGAAGCAGAGAACGCAUGAACAGACAAGAGAGAGGAAAUCAUGAUGUAAGAAGUAGAGACAACAAUAACAGAGGUGUUCGGAACGGAAAUAUUCAAAGUAUGGUUAGAGACGAUGAGAAUGAGAGAAAAAGAGACAGUUAUUAUGAAGCUAUAACAGGCAGAAAUGGGAGAGAAAAUGUUACAAGUGCAAGAAUUAAAAAUAAUGAUGCUGGAGAUAUGGACAGAGGAAGGAACAGUGGUGAUAUUGCCAGGGUUAAUGGAAAUAUGAGGGAACAUGAAAGUUACAAUGAUAGAAGUAGAUCUGAUAUUGUUGAAAGUGAUAAAAUAAGGAAAGCAGAAGGUAUUGAUAGAAAUACCAGAGAUGCUGAUAGUAAUGGCAGAUAUAUUGGUGCUAAUGGUCGAGAUAUGCAUGGCAAUAGAAGAGAUAUCACUAGAGAUAUCAGAGGACAUGAAAGAAACAGACAUGUAGCUGAAAAUGGUCGUAUAUUUGAAAAUAAUGUUAGUGGCAAUAUAAGGGAAAAACGAAACACAGAUGAAAGGGCCAGGGCAAGCGAAAUAAGUUCAGAAAAAUUAGGACCUAGAAACAAAGAUGAUAGGACCAGAACAAGUGAAAAAUGUCCAGACAAAUUAGGACAUAAAAAAACACAUCAUUGUCAUAACUCCUUGGAAAUAGUCGGUAAAAACACUGGAAAAGUCAAUAACCAUGAAAUGGGAAGAAAUAUUGAUAGAGAAAGCGGUUUCAUUCAUAACCCUAAUGGAACAGAACAACAUGAUGAGAGAGGAGGUGUUUCAUUUAGCAGAGUUAGAGGAAAUAGACUGGUUUUGGAUGAAAGUACAAGAGAAAAACCAAGAACUUCUGAUGACCAACUAAGUUCUUCCGGACCAAACUCUUUGCCCUCUUCACCUGAUCGGAUGCAAUUUUUACAUGAACAAAAAAAUGAACUGGAAGAAGAUUCCAAACACAAGAGUUCUUAUGUCUAAUGUGAUAGUAUAAAGUUAUUUAUAUGUUAUGUCAUCUGCGAAAAUGAGUCCUGUCAAGGUAUUUACUAUAGAUGUGAAACAAAUUUUAAGCGAUACAAUUGCAAUAAAAACUUAUAACAUUGUGUAGAAUUAAUUUAAAGAACCUUUCCCAAAAUAUGUAAAAUUGGUUGCCGUCAUGAAAAAACUUAUUAUAAAUAAAAAAAAAUAUUAUUAAUAUGUAUACAACAGCAAUAUCAAUACAAAACACAGUACAUCAUAUACAGAAGAAAAACAAACCCACAGACGAUAUUUUCAAUUAUCAUAUGACUUAAUGUUUCAUGUUAUAAUUAUUUGAUAAUAAACUUUUGAUGUGACAUCAUAAAUGAAUAGCGUCAAAGUGACUGUCAGCACCAUAUAGUUAUGUAUUAUUUUAUCAUUUUACUUAUUGCUAAAACUCUUAAGGCUAUUGUUUUGUCAAAUUUAAAGACCUUGUUUUAUAAAAUUUGUUUUGAAUGACAAGAUGUCAUUCUAGAUGUUAUGUUGUGGUAUUUUUUUGUGGAGGAAAUUAGACAACCUGAAGAAAAUGUUAGCCAACCUUUCCGACGACCAAUAUUUAGUCUUGCAAUUCUAAGAUUGUGUAAAAUGUUCCAUUCAUACAAUGGAGAUAUUUUUAUAAAAAAAUAAUAUUCAGACAAUAAGUGAUUGUUUGACUGUAAGAUGUCAAUAUAUUUCACCGCUUGAGCACCAAGUGCUGUAUUUCAUGAGUGGCAAAGCCGCUUGUGAAAUAUUUACUUAUGGUUUUUACAAGGUGAUCUUACUCUGUAAUAAACAUUUAUUCUUUUAUUAUUUGCCUAAAAGAGAUUUAAAAUAAAGGUUAAUUUAAAAAAAAAAUUCUCAGAAAAGCUAGCAAAUUUGUAUGCGAACAUUUGAUUUGAACAUGAGACCAUGCAAACAUUUGAAAUAGCAUUUUUAUUUCACUGAUAAACCAAAAAUAAAAUCAUAAAAGCAGGUUGUACUAUAAAUAAAUGCCAUUGUAUUAUUUUUAAACAUUCACACUUGUCAAAUAUUCCAAUAUUAAGCUUACAUGUAUAGUAUACUUUUCAAUGUCUAAAGCUAUCUUUGUUUUUAAAAUGACUUUCAGCUUAAACUUGUAUUCAAUGUGUUAGGUUAAUUUUGAAUAGCGAGUACAUAUUUAUUCUAACUUUUGAACACCUAAACAACUAAUGACUGUUUAUUGAUAUGUAAGUUUAUUGAUAUUAUAUGUGUUCCUAUUCACUAGAACUGCAUGUACUUAUUUUAUGAAUUCUUGUAUAUUUUUUUAUUUCGUCACAAAUGUAUGCAUAAAGAAUUAUUAUCUUUAGUUGCUUUAUAUGUUUUAUUCUAAAUUAUUGUAAAGGAAUUGGAGGAAAUUAGACAACCUGAAGAAAAUGUUAGCCAACAUUUCCACCGUCUCAUUUUUUCACACUUAUCAUGCUUUUGUUCAUUUGAAAUAUUUAUAUCCAUUGCAUAUUUGUAUAAAGUAAGUCAAAAGAAUAUUUAUGUAUAUAAAAGUUAUAGUUUGAAUCUUAGGCAGUUUUUUAUUUCUUUAUCAAUGGCUAUUUAAUUAUAUAAUGAUUUUAUACAUAGAGCGUGUUAGAAGUAGUAAGUAGUAAUAUAUGUAUGUGUUUCAGAUCAAAUUUACAGUAUUUUAUUUUUCCAAUUGUAUUUUAACUGUUUUAAAGUGUAGAUAGUGCUAUAGUUAAGUUUAUUUUGAUUGUUGUGCAAUGUUUGCUUUUGUAGCUUAUUAUAAUGUAUAAAUACAGAUUUUUCUUGUUCUAAUUUUUCUUUUACUCAGUUCUAUUGCCUCUGGUCUCCUUUUUACUCCAUUCUUGUUAUCCUAUUGUUUCCUUUCACACUUUUUUAGUUCUUCUUUCACACUGUUCAAUUCCUUCUUUCAUACUGUUAUAUUUCUUCUUUCACAUUAUUCUAUUUCUCCUUUCACACUGUUCUAUAUCUCCUUUCACACUGUUCUUUUUCUUCUUUCACACUGUUUUUUUUAUUUCUUUUUCACACCAGUUUAUUUGUCCUUUCACACCGGUUUAUUUCUCCUUUCACAAUGUUUUAUUUCUCCUUUCACUCUGUUCUGUUUUCACACUGUUUUUUUCUUUCUUUUUUCACACUGGCUUAUUUCUCCUUUCACUCUGUUCUAUAUCUCCUAUCACACUGUUCUAUUUUUCCUUUCACACUGUUCUAUAUCUCCUUUCACACUGUGCUGUUUCUUUCACUCCAUUCUACUUUUCCACUCUAUUUUUUAGUUCUUUUACUGGGCUCUCCUCUAUUUCUUUCUUUCAAAUAUCUUUCACACCGUUCAGUAACUGUUUUCUUUCUUUAUGUUUCCUUUCUCCUUUCACUCUGUUAUUGUUGUUGUUGUGAUUCCGCUUCUAUUGCUUGGUUUUCAUAAUCCUCUUCUUCUGUAUUAAAUGAACAAGUUUUAUGUUGCAAUUGUAUUGUUGAAUAUUGAAUACAAUUGUUAUUGUUUUGUUUAAAAAUACUUUUUACAUGAUCUUUAUUAAUCAACAUUCAACUGACUGACAUUCCAUGUUGUGAAACGCUGUCAUAAUUUAUUUAUAAAGAAUAUACCUUUUUAAGUUUUAUAUUUUAUAUACGCAGAUACUCGUACAUUGUGAAAAACUCAUAUUUACAUCUAAGCAUUACUUUUAUAUUCUCAAGCGCAAUAAAACAUUUAAAAUUG